CGAAAUCUUGCCGAUUUCUUUUACAUUAUCUCAGGUAAAUGCACAGUGAACAAAGUGUGUAUAUUAUAAGAAUUCAUCGACUGUUUUAGAACUAAAGUAGGUUCAAAGAUGGCGCGAAUAUUAUUCAUUCUAGUAUCUUUAAUGGUUUUAUAUCCCGCGCUAGUUAAAGGUGAAAACAACGUCACUGUCGGAUUAGAACCAGAUACGGAGCCUAAAAUUGCAGCAAAUUUUCUUCGACUGUGGAAAAGGACAAACAAUCCUUUAAUUCGACUUCUUGCCGAGUCUUUUGACAGUCUUGAAAGAAAGUUUGAUGGAGUUGAACAACUUGUUGUGGACGCUGAAAUAGAAAGGCAAAUUAGUGAAACGGACAGGGUAGAGACCAGUCUUAGAAGUACAAUCAAUGAAACUGAGCGCAGACUUAAACAAUUGAUUAACGACAAGUUCGACACUCUUGCCGGAGAAAUAUGCAAAAUGUACACGUGUACAGAAUGGUCAGAAUGGACUAAGUGUGACUCCAAGAGUUAUUUAGAUUAUGGAUUGAAAAACCGUACCAGAGAAUGCAAGAAAGGGGCUUUGUUCUGCUCCGAAUCCUCUAAAUCUAAAUCUGAGACUGAGAGCGUGAUGUGUCAGUCUGUAUGCCCCGACAAUUACACUGAGACACCAUCUAACUACUGCGUCAAGUUGUAUGAUUCCAUAACACGCUCGAGAGAUGAUGCCGAGCUUCUUUGUCAGCAAGAUGGUGGCCAUUUGAUAAAUAUUGAUUCUGCAACAAAGUCUGAUGAUAUCACAGAGAUUCUUAAGCAACAAAACCCUAGUGGACGUGUGUGGAUUGACGGCAUUCAAAGAUCAUACGGUCGGGAAUGGGAGUUCAGUAACGGCUUAAUGAGUCCACAGUUUUCUAAUUGGGAACGUGACCAGCCAAAUGGAAACACAUAUCCGAACUGCAUGUAUCUUCUGCCGUCAUCUGGCUGGUUAUGGGCAGACUUUCCCUGUUACUAUUCUUAUAACUUCAUGUGUGAAAUAUCAUCAUAUUAAUAAUGAUAAUGAAAGUCACAGUAGUGAACACUGAAAUGUUAGCUGAGAUAAAUGGUGUACUCGGUAAAACCGAUAGGACUGAUUUUAAUUUACUUAUUGAUGAUAUUUGUGAGAUGCAUUGACUAAAUCGGAGAAGAAUUCUAUAAGACAUAGUCUUUCGUUCUAAUCCUCUUCCGUGAAUAUUGUCAAAUUUUGUAUGUGUAUAUAUUUUAAAUGUUAUUAUGUACAUAUUCUGAGAAUAAAUAUGUUUAAACUAAA